CAGAAGCAGUGACGUAGCUGUCGCCCCGCUGCUGCGCUUGGCGCGCGCGCGCUCUCUCUCUCUCUCUCUCUCUCUCUCUCUCUCUCUCUCUCUCUCUCUUUCGCUCUCUCUCUCUCUCUCUCUCUCUCGCUUGCUCUUUCAGUUAGCUCCGUGGCCUCGCCGUGGCUACUAACGUGCGGACAUUCCAUCGGCGCAUGACUUUUUAGUGCGUGAGUUCGCCUAUCUCUAAGCAGCUGUGAUGAUCGUUGUGUGCUUCGUUGAGUGCCGCGAUAUAAUGUGCGCAUUGGCAAUGCUUUGCUUUCUUUAAUUUCCUUUUCGCAAAACUGAAAUUGAUCGUUGAAAGGCAUAGCAGUAGUCGCGGAGUACAGAUGAGAUCGCAAUAGGGCUAAGAACGACGCGCCGAGAACACGACAAGUUUCGGCGUUGUUAAGACCAACUAUGUCAUGAGCCAUCGCGACGGCAGUAGUAGUUUGCCGUCAAGCUCGUUCUGUACCUCGAAAUCAGAGCAGCAGCAGCAGCAGCAGCAUGGAACAAGAGCAUUCGACGAGUUGGCACUGGACGUGUCCGGUUUCGGGCCGAUCUCAGCUUCGACGCCACGUGCUUACACCGAGGAGGAACGCUCGCGUUGGCGACAAUCGCGAAGACGUCGAUCGAGCGAAAACUGUGAAUUGUGGGAUGACUAUGGUGUCGUCGAGUACCUCGAGCGCGGACUGCACAGUCCCGACGAGAGCACCGAGGAUCAGAGAGUCGAGGCCAUGCGGGACACGCUCAAGGACACCGACAUCCUAGAGGCCGACGGCAGCCUCACGGAUUUCUUAUUCCAUGUUGCCAGGACCAAAUACGGCAAGAUCUACGUUAGGGUCGUCAGGACGCUGCUACUCAACAGAGUCAAUGCAUUCUCCGUCGUCGUGGCACUCUGCUCCAAAGACGACAGUGAAAAAAUCCCAGCUGACGUCGUCUCGUGGUCUGAAUUAUUAUUAUCAUCGCGGUGGAUAAGCGAAAGUCCGCGAGCAGGCUGGAUGCGAAUUUGAACAUCGUGGCCGGUGAGGCGGCAGCGCCAGCCUCGUCGUGUGCCGUGAUAAGCAAACAGCAUAGCCUACAGGCUGAACUGCCGGAGGAGGAUCCGUACGUUUACGACGACGACAUACCACGUAGCGAAGCCGAAGUGUUGCGCGCAACUGGUCUCGGCCUCGGCCUCGAGCUCGCCGAUGUCGAGACCACUUCCACAUGGAGCACAUGUC